AUGGGCUAUUUAUCAGAUAAAGGUGUAAUCCCGUCAGAGUGCAAGGAAACUGCUGAUUUGUUAUUAUUCUUUGAUAAUAUUUUUGAUUCAUUAAAUGGGAGUUUCGAGAAAAAACAUUUACAUGCACUUUGGACCGGUAACCCCCAAAUCGAUACACCGAAAAAUUUGGAGAAAUGCAAGAAAGAUUAUAAAGACAAUGAAUUUUAUAAACAAAGGAAAAAU